AUGGCUGAUGAGAGGUACAGGAAGAGGAUCCGAAAGGAAGUCACCUGCUCCGUCUGCCUCGAGUACUUUACUCGUCCGGUGGAACUGGGCUGCAGGCACAACUUCUGCGAAAGAUGCAUCUUGAGAUGCUGGGAGGAGUCUGGUGAGGAAACCAGGUGCCCCGAGUGCAGAAAGUCUGUAGAAAAGGAUUUCAAGAGAAACAGGCUUCUCACAAAUAUGGUCGGAAUCAUGAGUGAGUGGGAUCAUUCUGAGGAGAGAGAGGCUCAAAGGAGGCGCUCAGAAUGUCAGAGGCACCAGAAGACCCUGGACCUCUAUUGCCGGGACGACGAAGUCCUCUUCUGCAGGGAGUGUGACGCAUCCCAAGGGCACAGCGGCCAUAGGGUGAUUCCUGUGGCGGAAGCCGUCCAAGACUACAAGGAUCAGCUCUUCAAGUGCCUGGAGACUCUGAACGAGGAGAAGGCAAAAAUUGAGGCGAACAAAGCAAGAACAAGUAGCGAAAGUGAUUUCUUAGUUAAAAAAGUAAUGUACGAUAGGCGGAAAAUGAAGGGCGAAUUAAAGCAACUUCGUUCAUUUCUGGGAAAAUGGGAAAACCAGCAGCUGAAGGAGAUGGAAGAGGUGGAGACGCAGAUUGUGACGAAAACGCAUGACCAGCUGGCCAAGCUCUCCAGAGAACUCUGCUCUCUUCAAAGUGUCAUCCAGGAGCUGGAGGAGAAGCUUCAGCAGCCCCCCAGUGAACUCCUGCAGGAUAUUAGAACCACUUUGCACAGGCAUGAGGGGAGACAGACGUUUGAGGCUCCCAACAUUUUCCCUCCUGAAUUGCUGUGGAAAGUUUGGGACUUCCGUGAUAUAAAUUCCUUUCUGGAAGCUGUUGUAGAGCAGUUCAAAGCAAGUGUAACUCUGGACCCCGCCACCGCUCAUCCCCACCUGACCCUGACUGAGGAUCGUCAAAGUGCGAGGUGGGGAGAGGCACAUCAAGAGCUGCCGGACAAUCCAGAGAGAUUCAGUGGACAUACCUUGGUGCUGGGGUGUGAGGAGUUUACAGCAGGGAGGCACUGCUGGGAAGUCACCGUAGGAACUGACAACAUCUGGGCUGUGGGGGUCGCCAGGAAGACUGUGAAGAGAAAGGGCUUGGACUGCUUUAGCCCUGAGGCAGGCAUCUGGGGACUUGGGCAGCUGGAUAGCAAGCCCAGGUCUGCCCGCUGCUCUCUGCCGCUUCCUGGUCCGAAGCUGAAAAGAUUCCGGGUGACUGUUAACUAUGCAGGGCGCCGAAUUCUCUUUUUUGAUUGUGAUACAGGAGAUUUAGUCAAGUCCUUUACAAAGGCUGAAUUCUCUGGGGAUCCCCUUCUGCCCAUCUUUUGCGUGGGGCCAGAAACCUACCUUGAACUGCACCCGGUGACACACUAGCCUGGCCACCCCUCCA